ACUGGCUCGGCAGUCCGGCACGGCGCGUUGUCCCGAAUGCACGUCGAACCAUCGAUUUCCGCGUGUCGUGGCCACGUGAUCGCGCAGUUCUCCGCACCCGUGUCAACCGGCUCCGUUUCCACGCGGUUCCAACUCCGCUACGAACCACCUACGUCGAUCGAAUCGCGUCGCGACAACCGAACCAGUCGAGCUAUCGUCGCGUAUCGCGAAACGAUCGCGCGGCCUCCGCCAGCGGAGAUCGAGGCUUUAACGGUAUCCGAACGCGCGGACAACUCGGUAGCGGAAAACCGGGGAUCGAAGGUCGACUCACGUGGCCAGAGUCACCGCUGGUGAUGCACGCACAGGAAUACGCAGUCUCCUCGGCGAUGAUAACGAGCCUCGAAUGAAUGGGAGUGGCCAGCAUUCCGGACUGUAAAGAUCAGCAGUGGGGUUGCGAUGAAUGGAACGCUUUGAGAUCGAUCCGGAAAAUGGAUGUCGCCAAGAACGCAACGGAGGAUUUCGUGACGGUGGUCAACGUCGAGGGUCAGCCACCGCCGGAAAAUUUUGUCACCGUGCUGUCCAUCGGCAGCGAGAAAAAGGAGGACGAGCCACCACCCACGACCUUGACCAAGAGCCAAGUCAACGGGGUGAAUGGGGUUAACGGGAUCGACGGACCCCUCGAAGAGGAGGUCGAGGUGUUCAGGCUACCUGGAGAACGGCUAGGAUUUGGACUGAAGUUCGAAGGAGGAAACAAGACUUCGGAGCGGGUCAGGAGGCUGUUCGUUCAAAGCUGCGCGGAGCAGAGCCCUGCGAGCAGGGCUAAAUGCUCGUGGGGCACCUUGGGAGAGGGUGACGAGGUACUCUCGAUAGACGGUGUACCAGUGACACACAUGACUCGGCUGGAUUGCGUGAGGAGAUUGAAGGAAUCGCAGCUGGUUAUCAAGCUAAUGGUUAGGUGCAGGGGAGCGCUCAGGCCUGAAGUUGUUAGCGCCGAGAAAAAAAAUUCCCCGGAGAAGAGCAAGGUGCCUCCGGAACUGCCGUCGGCACCUCCGCCGGUUCCGCCGCGAAAGUUGAGGCAAGCUCGAGGUUCUGCUGACGGCGAGGCCAAUCCGAGCCCGGUGAAAAAGUCCUGGAACGGGCACAGAUCACGGACCAGCUCGCAGAGCAGUUCUCAGAACAGUUCUCCUGGAUCCCACCCCGUCGGUCAACUCGACAGCAAAUCUAGUACGUACGAGAGUUGCGAGUCCUCGCCUAAGAGCAAUGGCUCCGCCCAAGAGACCCCGAAAGGAUCGCCGAAGGAACGAUCGCCGGAGCUUGCGAAAUCCAAACAGGAACCUCCGGAAGCGAUGGUGUACUUGGACGCUAGAUCGCAGUGCGGCUCAACGCACGGAAGCACUUCCGACGACACGGGUAGCUCGAUGUCCACGGUGAUCGACCGAUUCUCGACGUCUGACCGAGUAUCGACGAUCUCGACCACCUCGACGGCUUCCACCACCUCCGAACAGCCGGGCGAACUUUCCUACAGGACCGAUCACGAAUUCGAUCGAUCGUCCGACCGCGAUUUCCAAUUGUCCAAAACGAUCUGUCCGUUCGAGACCUUGGACGGCGACUAUUCGUCGAAUCCGCCCGACUACCUGCUGCGUCGGUUAGCCAACUCCGAAGCGGUGACCCACGUCGAGUCUCGAGGAGAAGUCGAGAGGAUCACCGCGGUGGUGGCACCUAACACGGUGCUGAUCGAGGAAACGAUCACCUUUCAGCCGCCGCUGAGCUUCCAGGACGCGCCGCUGAGCUAUGGUCACGAAGCCAGGCCGGAUCUCUUUUACACGGCCGAUCUAGCCGCCGACUCGACGACGCAUUUCAGGCCAAUUAAGGACGAUGUCGAACUCGUCGAACGCGUGAACGGCGACCACGAGGAAUUCCACGCCACGGAAACCUCGCCAACGUCGGAGAAGCUCAAGGAAACACCCGUUGGACGAGGCUCGGACAAAACCCCGCCGCCUCUGCCGGCUAGGAAUCACGUUAACAGGAUCGCCGUCAAUCAAUCAACCAACAACGAUCGCCAGAUCGAGCCACGACCGCGGAAACUAUCCGACUCGUCUACCACCGAGACAACCGAUAGCCAACAUGACGCACCUGUUCUACCCCCCAAGCCAUCGCCCAGAAGAGACGUCAAGGUCAGACGGAAGAGACCACCACCGCCACCUCCUCCACCCACAGUCGCACCCCGAACAGAAGUCAAGCCUCCCUCGUUGCCAGAGUUCGAGCAAGCGAGUUUCGAGCAGCGGGAACCCUCGAGUCCGGAAUCGAACGUUCCUUCUGCGAAGAUCCGCGACACCGUUGUCAAGCCGAAACCCGAGGACAGGUCGAAGAUCCUGGAGAAAAACGAUUCGCCGACGUCGGUUAAGAUCGUACCCAACGAGACGAACUCGGACGAGAAGAGAAUCGACGAAACGGAGGACACCGAGUCCACGGAUAAUUACGAAUCUCUCGAAGACGAUGGAUCGCACAGAACGAACAAGGUACUGGAGAUAAUCGAGAUAAGGAAGGCGAAAGCGUUGUCGCCGACGACGAAUUCUCAUCCGCGAAACGAGACGGAUAAUUUUAGCGAACAAUCCAAGCCGACGGUCGACGACGAAAGAAUCAACGACGACGCGGAGGAAACGAAAGCGGAGAUCGCCGAGAACUACGAGAGACCUAAGCCGGAGCUUAGAACCGGAGUCACGAUCUCGACGGAAGUGGAGGAUUCGGGGGAUGAAAGCGACGAGGCCAUCACGAGAUUCAACGAUUGCGUAGACAACCAAUACGAGGAACAGCCGAGCAAAAACGAAAACUCGGCUGGUUCGCGAGACAUAGAUUCGCCGUUGCGCGAAAAAACGACGGGAUUUGGAAGACGGGAGAACGACGACGAAGAGUCCUAUCGAUCCCUCGACGACGUCCAACGCGAUCUACGUAAUUCGGUGGCUAAUCGAAGCCGGGAUAAACGAGAAGCUAUCGAAGACGAGGACACGACCGACGAAAGCGACGACGACGAUUAUUACUGGCAAAGUAAUCUGGCCACGAUCGGCGAAGAAGAGGAAACGAAUUCGCUCGAGUACACGACUGCAAACAAAGAGGGGAGUGACAGCGACGCGAGCGGUAUAGAGAAGCUAGAAUGCCAAGAAUCAUCGACGAACAAGAACGACGCGUUCAGCGAAAAAGCACGGAAUGACGAGGUAGACGACGCCACCGGAACCGCGAACAUCUCCGAGGUUGCCGCUGAAAAUCUCAACGAAGAGACGGUAAAUGGUAGAAUGGACAACUGCGGAGGCGGUCAACGCCUGCCCCCGGACGGGGACGAAUUUCCAGCAGCGUACCAAGAAUUUGGCGGCAACAGCCAGCAGUACCGAUUCGUGACGGCAUCGACGACGGCUACCGCUGCGUCGACUAUCGCCGCGAACGGCGGCCUCGUCUGCAGCGAGAACGAUUCGUUCGUUGGCAACGAGAACUUCAAGCUGAUCGAGAGCAACGUGGUCAGCGCGGGGAGUAUAAUCGUGGCGGACAACAGGGUCAGCCGGACGAACGUCGAGAACGUCUGUCAGGAGGUGAGCAAGGUUGGUCUGCCGAGCAUCGAGAUAAACGGCAAGACGGGCGUCGAGUCCGUGUGCCAGGACACGAACGUCUCGACUCGAGAGUUCCGCGUCGACGAUGCCAAACCUUAUAUCGCGGACGACUUCGUUAAAAAAGCCGUGUCCGUGACCAACUACUCCAGCUACGGGAACCAGGGUAACGGUAACGUCAUGCUGUCGGAGAAGAAGAUCGAAAUCACCGGGUACUAUCACAAAGACUCAUCGGUUAUCGAGGAGGUUCGCGAUCACGCCGAGAAAGAAGCUCCGGAGAUCCCGCCGCCUUUGCCACUGACAGGCCCGCCCAAGAUGGAGACGAUCGGCUUGUACGCGAGAAACGUGCCAGUGGAGUCGCCGCAAAAAAAGUUCUCGUUAAACGGCGAACUCUGGAGACAGGACGACAGAUCCGAGAGGUCCGUGAGGGACAAGAUCGCCAUGUUCUCGUCGCAGAGCAGCCUGGAGAGCCCUCUGUUUCCGAAUACGAUGACGGUGCCACCCGCGACUAACAACGUCAGAAGGUUGUCCAAGUACAAGUCCACGGAGGACGUUUGCAGCGACGAGAAGAGCCCGGGACAAAAGGAGAGAGCCGCCUUCUUCGCGGACAGAACUCAAAGUUCCCUGGAUCUAACCGACUCCGGCAGAAACGUCGGCCAAGAGAGAAAGUACGGGCAAAGAUCGCCCAGCGUGCCACGGAGUCCGUCGUUCGCCUCGCCGACCAUUCACGUUUCGAAAACGUUUCCUGUCGUUCCGCCGAAGCCGGUGACGCCUACGUCGUUGAUAAGCACGUUCGAGAUAUCAUCGAUAUCUAAGUCGUCGGUGAAGAGUUACGCUUCGAAUACAACACCGCCCAACAGUCCUCGGAACAACGUCGCGACACCGUGCUUCGGGAACAAUCAGAAUUCUUCGAGCGUGCCACCGAAACCCGCCGCGGCGAUGUUGUCUCGUGCCACGAGUUUCUCCGGGUCGACGCCUUACGGCCAGGAUCGAAUCUCUUCGCCGAACGAGCUCUCGACCAGCUCGCAGAUCGCCAGGACGAACUCUUUGGCGUCCACGUUCAGAAGACCCAGCGAGGACAUCAGGAGGACCAGUCUGAACCAGCUGAUCGAGCAAAGGAGGAAGUCGAUAUCAAAGCUAAGGGGUUUGGUCAUUCCGGAGAAGGAAGCCAUACCUAUUGACGCGCCCAUCGUCGAUCUGCCCGAGAUCAAGUCGCGAGAUUCCAUCUUGCUGCAUCAGCUACCGAAAGCCAACAUACAGGAUAAGUGGGGUUCCCAGAGUUCUCUGGCGAGCAACGCCAGCACAGCGAGCGUCCCUCUGAAAGCCACGGCGUCCUUCAAGAUGCCAGCCCCUCAGAUACACUCCAAGUACUCUCCGGCCUUCAAAAGGAAAAGCCUCGCGGUUUACGGCUCUUCCUCGACGAACUCGUCCGUGAACGGCAGCAUAGUGAAAUCCCCGCAAUCGUCGACGACGACGAUGUCUUCCGAGCCGCCAAAAAGUUUGGAGAGCAUCUGCAGCCCGACGAGAAGCGACUACAGCUUCGAGUACGCGUCGACGGCCAGUUCGCCCGAGGGACCGCGCGAUAGACCGAAAACUAUCCAGAGGAAAUCGCGCGUGGAUUACGAUGACUCGGAUAACGAUUCGGCGGUGAGCAGUUCGCGAAGCAGCAUCUCCCGUGGCUUCAGUCCUCCCAUGUCGCCGGUUCCGUCGGAACGAUCCACCGUCUCGUCCGAACGAUCUUACGUCUCCACGGAGACGAAUUAUCGGCACCGAAAUCUUAUCAUGGACAGUCCAACUAGAACAUACGGUAGAGAGUCCGGCGCGGUGGAGUACACCAGGUCGAGCAUCCUCGCCGAAAGAACGUUCGUAUCCGAGAGAUCGUCGUCCAGUAGCAGCGGUUCGGAUCCGAGGUCGCCGCAACCGAUCGAGUCGAACGCGAGAAACUCGCAGAUACCUCAGAGACAACUGAAACGGUCCAACAGCACCGAGACCAACUGCAGCACCUCUUCGACUCUGACAUCCGGUUCCCAAGCGAGUGCAGAGUCUCUAUCCAGAAGGGUGCUGAAGCCCCAGAGCGUGGAGGCCAUAAAUCGCAAGAACAUCUUGGCAAGCGCCAGAUGUCGAAGCGGAAGGGAUCUCAACGGAUCGCCGUUGAUUCAACGGAAGUUCGCCGACGACGAACGACGUUCGACCGUCGCCGAGAACGGUGACGACGUUCAUCGAAAGAAUCGCGUUAAGGGCACGAUCCCGAGCUCGCAGAACGUCAAGAUCGCUUACAUAGAGGUGACGGAUACGUUCGCCGAGAACGACUCUUUUCGAAAGGAGGAAGAACCCAAGCUACCCCCGAAGAGAAGUAUGCCGCCUCCCGUUGUUCGACCCCCCAAGUCCGAGAUGUUGGAACCCUCGAACGAUCUCAAGAUGUGGGUACGCACAGAGGCAAAGGCUCUAGCCAGAUCCGCGGAAAUAAAAGCGGCCGGUAAGGUCGAAAAGAAAUCUCAAGACACGAACGUUGCCUCUGCGAAUAAAACACCGAAGACCGCCAAGUCAUCUAAGGUGGAGGAACAGCAACUCGACGCGAUCGAUCUACCGCCAACGAAUAGGAAUAACCCGAUCAGCCCUAGCAUGCAAUCGAAAAGGUCCACCGAAGACCAGAACGACCUCCUAACGAUCCUCACGACCAAGAGCAGAUCCAGAUCGGCUAUACACGUGGACGAGGGUACCUUCGGGAGGUCAAAGAGCCAAAUGAGCUUGGAGGACAUCCUUAACGCGAAGGGAGACGUGAAGUUGUCGCGUGCUCAGAGCGUCGAGGCGCGACCAGAGAAAACCCCUGUUUCGUCUGUUACCCAAAGCAGACCUAUGUGGGAGUCGAGGGACUCUCGAUACGCCAGGCGAAGUUCGACUUCGAACGAAUCUUGGAACGAGGACAAGCCGUUCGUAUCGAAGAUACCAACGUUGGGGAAGCCGAGAUGCGUCGAUAGCGGCGACGAAAUGGCGGAGACGGAAAAAUCGAAAAUGGUGUCGAAGAUUCCAACUACGAGAAACCUUGGUCGAAGGAGCGCCAGCGUGACGGACAUGAAGAAGGCUCUGGAAAAGACGGAGGUGAACUGUUCGUCCGGGCAACAUCUGAAUCCUGGUACGGGUCAUAACAGAUUCCCGAGCCUCGACAGCAGCGUCGACGAGAACCUGUCCCCGAUAGGAACGGACGUGGACACGGAUAGAUGUUGCAGCGAGCAAUUCGGCAGCAUCAGCUCGUUGGCCAGUAGCACGAGCCUGAUAUCCCAGCAAGAGUUGGCUCAAUUGGUGGAAGAGGCGAGCCUCGAAGAAGCUCGGGGCGCUCACGACGUGAUCGUUGUGCUGCUUCACAAGGAGAAUCCUACGGGCAGCGUUGGAAUCACUUUAGCCGGAGGUGCGGAUUGCGAGGUCAAGGAAAUUACGGUUCAUCGAGUGUUGGCGCAUUCUAUAGCGGACAAGGAUGGCCGCGUGCAACGAGGAGACAGGAUUUUGAGUAUAAACGGAAGAAGCACGCGCGGUCUUACGCACAGAGAGAGUUUGACGGUGCUCAAGCAGCCUAGAUCGGAAGUGGUUUUGGUCGUUUCUCGAGCGAGAACCGAGGACGGGUGCAACAAGUUGAGGUCACGAACUGCCAGCGUUGAAACUAUCAUCGAAGGAUUCGAGACGAACGGUAUCGCGGAGGAUACUGCUUGGGGGCCGCCCUCGGUCGUAGCGGUUUACAAAGACGGGGCUGGUUUGGGAUUUAGUCUCGAAGGCGGCAGAGACAGCCCCCUCGGAGACAGGCCGUUGAUGAUUAAGAAAAUAUUUACCGGAGGUGCUGCCGAAAAGACAGGUGCCUUGAAAGCAGGGGACCAAUUAUUAGAAGUGAAUGGUAACGAUGUAACACGAAUGUCAAGGAUCGAAGCAUGGUCCCUCAUGAAGAAACUACACGAUGGCGAAGUAAACCUCCUAGUCAGGCACCCUGCCACCAAAUCAUCGUGAACGGUAGUCAAUUAAAGUAAAAGUGUCGUGCGAAAAUCACCAAGCCCACGAUAGAAUACGACUACAGAUGUGCACGACCAGUAAUUAACGAACAAACGAAUUUUUAAAUAUAUUACACCGAAAUGCUACAAAUUGCAUGGAACGACGUACGAACCUGACGGUCGUAACGUAAUUUGUAAUAAUUACUUCCCUUGCUAAAAUGAUGGAACGAUACAAUCUGUAAUUGUAUCGAUGAUCAUUUAGCGAACCACGUGUUUGAAAUUACGUUCUAUCGCUAAUAUUUAGUUCGUCUUUUCUUACUUUUAAAGAAUAACGAAUAUUUUGUUGAAAUCCUACUUAGGAUUUGCAUAUCGUGCUUAUGUAAUGAGGUAAUGUUGUUGAAUAAUUGUUUGGAUACCCGGUUAUCAGGGAGAUCUUUUUUCUUCUUCUUUCUUACUUUGUUGCGGUACCCUACAAUCGACUGGAAUUUAUACAUUCUAGCAUUGUUUUCGAUACAUUUAAUUAUAGUGAAAGGAGGAGCGCUUGUCCUAAUUACCUAGUAUUACUAUCUGCUGUAAUGAAGUAACGAAGAAAUAAACGAGCGUGUAAACCGACACGCUUCAGUCUUGCAAUUUUGUGUCUACGCAAAAAUUGAUGACGCAAACGAAGAAUAAGAUUUGUAAAUAAGAAUGUGCAAAAAUUCGAGAUACGAUGAAUCUAGAAAAAUGUCGUUUGUAAUAUACAAAAAAAAAAAAAAGAAAUGUUAAUAUAACGCAUUACGUUACUGGAGUAUUUAAAUAUAGACUGACAUUCGUUUCUAGAUUUGCGUUUGUUAAAAAUCGUGCUGUGAUAUGUAUGUGUGUUAAUAAUAAAACUAACAAGCGUUAAUAAAAAUAAAAAACAAUCCACAAUAACAAAAUAUUUUAAUCUAAUAUAGAUAUUUACGAAAUAUUCGAUUAAUCGCUUGAUUCAUUAAUGUUGCGUAUGCUUCUCUUUUCCCUACAUAUUUUCUAUACACGAUUCAUGAAUAGAAAACGCUGCAAUGUACUUUUCUCGAUAAUAAAUCAUGCAAUCGAACUGCAGAGAAA